AUGUGCCCUCCCGAACCGUCACCCACCUCUCUUCCCUCCUAUGCCGUCACCAUCCUCUUCCUUCUCAUGCCCUCACCCUCAUCUCUUCCAUCUAAUGCCAUCACCUUUCUUUCUGCCCUCCCAUGCCCUCACCCUCCUCUCUUCCCUCCCAUGCCUUCACCCCCCUCUCUUCCCUCCCAUGCCCUCGCCCUACUCUCUGUCCUCCCAUGCCCUCACUCUCCUAUCUGCCCCCCCAAACCGUCACCCUCCUCUUUUCCCUCCCAUGCCGUCACACUCCUUUCUGCCCUCCCAUGCCCUCACCCUCCUCUCUUCCCUCCCCCUCCUUCACCCCCCUCUCUUCCCUACCAUGCCCUCGCCCUACUCUCUGUCCUCCCAUGCCCUCACUCUCCUAUCUGCCCUCCCGAACCGUCACCCUCCUCUUUUCCCUCCCAUGCCAUCACACUCCUCUCUGCCCUCCCAUGUCCUCACCCUCCUUUCUGCCCUCCCAUGCCCUCACCCUCCUCUCUUCCCUCUCAUGCCCUCGCCGUCCUCUCUGUCCUCCCGUGCCGUCCCUCUCCUACCUGCCCUCCCGAACCGUCACCCUCCUCUUUUCCCUCCCAUGCCGUCACACUCCUCUCUGCCCUACCAUGGCCAAACCCUCCUCUCUUCCCUCUCAUGCCCUCGCCCUCCUCUCUUCCCUCUCUUGCCCUCGCCCUCCUCUCUGACCUCCCAUGCCCUCACCCUCCUCUCUGCCAUCCCAUGCUCCCACCCUCCUACUCUGCCCUCCCAUACACUCACCCAACUAUAAACCCUCAUCAACCUCCCUGGUCUAAGGUCAUGUCCACGUCGUGA